GCGCUGCCCGGGGCGUUGGCGGCUCCGGUCGCUCCGGCUCCGUCCCGGGUUAGCUCGGCCUUGCUGUCUCUCGGGGGUAAACUCAGAGCGGGUCGUCGCCGAGGGUGUUGCGAGGCGCCGCUGGAGGUUGGGCUCGGGCGAAUCCCACAGAACAGCCAUUCAGCUUAUGGAAAUUUGCCCCUACAGAAUUCACUACCCUUAAAUUUGAUAUAUGGAAUAAAAUUCAUUCUUACAGAACUUGUGUGAAAACAAGAUCUCCAGUAGGAUGGAUGAAAAGAAAAAGUUGGAAAAAUCUAUUCAUUCCAGUGCACAAAGUUCAAGUGAUGGGAGAACAAAGCAAGCAUGUGGUGCAAGCAGUGGAGCUUACCAUCCUAAGAGAGAUGUUUUGUUAAUGGAAGAGCCUAAGAAGUGUUAUUUAUUGCGCGAACUCACUGCAGAAAGAACAACUAUUGAAAAAGGAAUGUUGGAUGUUGAUCGACUCAUUCUUAAACUCUUUACAUCUGGUGUUUUGGACUUCAUAUCCUUGAAUAACAUCACCAGAAAUCCAGUCAGGAAUGACCGGACUCGAGCUCUGCUGGAUCACUUCUUACAGAUUAAUAACAAUGGAAUUUUAAGACAGUUUGUUUCUCACAUGCGCGACUCGAUAAUUCUGAAUGCAGAAGCACUAAACUGGGCUGAGUACAUGCAAGGAUGCAGUGACAGCUGCUGUAUGUUCUUCAUUAAGAAAUAUGCCGAUGUUUUUAAAUACGUAUUGGAGGAAUAUGGCGUGAAGAGCUUUGCUGAAUACUUUCUGAAAUCAGGAAUGCUGACUGAAUCCGAGAGCAAGGAUUUAUGCAAGUACAGCUAUAAAGAGGGAGCAGAGCGCUUUAUGCACAUCCUAUUCACCAAAAAAACCAUUCUGUGUGUAGCAGAUAUGUGGUUUACAUUAGUGGAACAUCAACAUGAUAUUCCUUACCUGGGACCAUAUAUCAACAGUUUCCUGAAAGCAUUUGAUGAACAAACUGGACCUUUCUGUCCACAAUUUGAUCCUCAAUUGCCAGUCAAGCCUCUAUUAAUAAAGAGGUGCUACGUUAAUCUAUAUCGCCUACUUCAUUUAAUACAUGUUGAAGGCACAGAGGUUGUGCGGAGAAUUUUUGAUGCCCAUGUCUCAGCAGAAGAAUUGGAAGAAGAAAUUACAAAGAACAAAGUUUUAAUCAAGAAUCGUCUGGAGGGACCAGAUUUUAGCAACUUCAAAAGAAAAUGGAUCAAUAUUAUUUAUUCAACAGACAAAUCAAAAACUCUUCAUUUUACAUUGCCUCUUUUCCAAUUUCUUGCUGUAUUUAUGAAGAAGUUUCCCCGUCCUAAAAAGGGCUGGACUGGUAGGCUUGCAAGAUCGGACACAUCUCCAGGAGCUUACUUGCGGCGAAUUUGUGAGAUGCGAGACCACCUUUUGAAAGACAUUUUACACAGAGAUCUAACCUAUGAAAAAUUUGACAGAAUGUGGAAUGAAGCUUCGGAGAUACUUGGUCAGCUUGGUGUGGAGGAAAAGAAAUUGCAAGAUCUUCGCAUGCAACCAAUGAGUAUUGUAUUCGUUGAAAGGAGAUACAUGGAGAAGUACUUUAACAAGCCUCUGUCUGAACUUUUGGAGGAGCUUAUUGUUAAACAACACAGAGGAAUCGAUUCUAUUUGUGCUUGUUCAUUGGCAAAGGAUCUGAGUGCAGGACAAAAGCUUGAACCUAAAGUGGCUGAUACUAAAGAAGAGCAGAAAGGAAAAGAUACUUCAGAGGAUGAAUUUUCAAUACCUGCUGCUGUGAUGGGAGACUCAAAAUCAAAAAAAAGGCGAAAAAAGUCAAGAGGAAAAAAGGGUAAAAAGUCAGAAGCUGGUCCCCAGGCACUUCCACAGGAUGCUGACAUGCUCCAAGAAUUAAAAAGUACACCAACUCAGAACAGUGAAAUUCCUAAGGAUCAAACUCAAGGAAUCACACAGAAAUCUGAAACCACAGAAACAGCUUUGAAAUCUGUGCAGAAUAAUGUAACAACUACACCUGAUCUUGAGAAUAGUCAGAGGAUCCCUGCACCUUGUCUUGCUUCUGCUGCUUCUCCAGCUGAAUCCUGUGACUCUAAGGAUAGAAGUGAAGAUGAAUCUGAAAAUGAGACUAGCCAGACGAAGAUUUUGGAUGGAAUGGUUGAUGUUUAUGUCAACACUGAUGAUGUUGAUUUCAAGGAGACUUUCAAAAGAAUAGAGGCAGAGAGGAUUGAAUUGAUUCAUUACAUUGAAGAUCUGCGUGACAGCUGCAAGCAAAUAGAAAAUGAAAGCUAUCUUGAAAUCAAAGCAUGGAAACAAAGAAUUCAAGAGAGAGAGAAAGAAAAUGCGGGUGUCCAGCAAGAAAUUGAUAGCAUCCACCAUCAGCUCCAGGAAGAAUCUGACAGGAUUGUUCAGGAACAGAUAAUCAUCAAACACAAUUACAGAAAGUCAAGGAAUUAAUUAGAGUCAAAAAGCUCAAUGUGAAAGGUAUGUAAAAUCAGUUAAUGACAAGAAUGAGGAACUGCUGAAACUAAAAAAGGAAUUGCAAAAAGAACAGGAACAAUGGUGCCAUGAAAAACGACAGCUGGAGGAAGAGAUUGCAAAUGCACAACAAACUGAAACGGAGAACAUAAAAAAAACAAUCCGUCAAGA